AUGGUUUUAGGGGUCAUGAAAGCUAAUACUCACUUAUGUCAAGUCUAUGGCCUAACGGAGACAGGCCCUCUCGCAACUGCCAGUCCUCUUGGUUACAAAGAAUAUUCUAAAGUGGGAUUUGGUAUUCCAAAUGUUGAAUUAAGGAUAAUUGAUGAACAUUUAAAUAAUCUUGGCCCGAAUGAGGUGGGUGAAUUACUCAUAAAAGGUCCUAAUGUAAUGAAUGGUUACAAAGAAAACGAGGAGGCCAACAAUGAGGUUUUCUUAGACGAUGGCUGGCUGAGAACGGGAGACAUGGCUGCGAUAGAUGAAUCCGGUGCUGUUACAAUUUCAGAUAGGCUGAAAGAGUUGAUUAAGGUAAAUGCUUUCCAAGUGCCCCCAGCUGAACUAGAAAGUGUUUGUAAAGAACACCCCGCCGUAGUGGAUGCGGCUGUGGUAGCGAUUCCAGACAGAAACACGGGCGAAAAGCCGAAAGCGUUCAUUAUCUUAAAAGAAGAGGCAAAAAACAUAAGUGCUGAAGACAUUAUGGCAUUUGUAGCUGAACGAGUGGCCCCAUACAAAAGGAUAAAGGAAGUUUCUAUUAUAGACAUCAUACCGAAAAAUCCGUCUGGGAAGAUUUUACGAAAGGUUCUUAAAGAAAAAUAUUGCAAA